AUGAAAUUUAUCUUGGCUCUUCUGGUCAUUCUGGGAUUGGUGGCUACUGGUGGACUCGGAUAUAACAUUCCGAUCAGAAAGAGACUUGUCGAUAUGCGAUCUCUCAGUCUCUAUGAUUUUCCAGAGGAUUAUUAUAUGGCUCAACAGGAAGAACAACGUCAACAACACUACAUCAACCCAAAACCAAACUACGUAACUGCCUUCUACCCAAUCUACGAUUUCGGAAAACGCCGCUAA